AUGACAACAAUACUCGAAAAGGCGCCGCCUACACCAGAGGCAAGCCACGAUGCGCCACCACGCGCCAAGAGGAUAUGGUAUCGUACUACACUCUUCAAUGCCUUUGUCAUUGGCGCCGUCGGCUUCUUGGCGCCAGGCUUGUGGAAUGCCAUGAAUGCGCUUGGCGCAGGCGGCGGCCAGGAGCCGUUUCUGGUGAACGCCGCCAACGCCUUGGUGUUUGCCCUCAUGGGCUUCCUGUCCGUCUUUGGCGGCCCCAUUGCGAACCGCAUCGGCUUCGCCUGGACGCUCUUUCUCGGCGCCAUUGGCUAUCCCGUCUACUCGGCCGGCCUCUACACAAACAACCGCUUCGGCAACGUCUGGCUGGUGCUGCUCGGCGCGGCGCUCUGCGGCAUCUCGGCCGGUCUCUUUUGGGCGGCCGAAGGCGCCGUGGCGCUCGGCUACCCGGAAGCUUCCAAGCGCGGUCGCUACCUCAACAUUUGGCUGUGGUUCCGCACCGGCGGCCCGCUGGUGGGCGGGCUGAUUGUCUUGAUCCUCAACAAUAACGCGGCGGCCAAGCGCAAGGGCAGCGUGGACCCCAAAACCUAUCUCAUCUUUAUCGCGCUGCAGUGCGUCGCCGCGCCGAUUGCCCUGCUGCUCACCAAGCCGGAAAAGGUGCAGCGCGCAGACGGCACAAGAGUCAUUGUCGAUGCGGAAAAGAGCGUCGGAUACGAGUUCAGGUCUCUGUGGAAUCUCUGCAAGCGCAGAGACAUUGUGCUCCUGCUUCCCAUCUUUUGGGCGGCCUACUUUAACCAGUACUCUGGAAACUUUCAAACCUAUUACUUUGGUGUGCGGGCGCGUGCUCUGAUUGGCUUUGUUAGCAACUUUAGCACGCUCUUCUCGUCGCAGGUGAUGAGCAUGUUUCUCGACUGGAGGCGAUUCCCGGUGAAGCGUCGCCUGGACAUUUCAUUUUGGUACAUUGUCGUCUGCCAUGUGACUGCUUGGAUAUACGCAUGGGUCAUCCAGGAAAAGUACACGGCAAACCCUCCUGCGUUGGACUGGGCAGAUGCCGGGUUCGCCAAAGGGUUCUUUGUGCUGGUGCUGUGGGAAUGGUCGCGCCAGUCUCUGCAGACCUGGAUGUACUACUUCAUCGCCACGAAAAGCGACAGCAUCUCGGAGCUCAGUCGCCUCUCUGGUAUCCUUCGCGGACAAGAGUCUUUUGCACAGGCUGUCAGUUUUGGUCUCAAUACGCGCAAAUGGCACGGUGGCAGGGUCCCUCUCGCCGUAAACACCAUUCUUCUGGGUAUCGCGUCUGUUCCGACAUAUAUUGCGCUCAAGGAAAACGUUCCACUGGUAAAGAAGGAGGAGGCUGGCGAUUCGAGUGACGAGGCAGUGACCUUGGAGACGGUCGCGAUUGGAAACGACAAAACGCCGAGUUCUGUUUGA